GCCUGAAUAACGCAUCUGAAACUUCUUGAUCCUCGUCACUAUGCUAGACGAGGAGCGCACCACUGUUUUAUUUCCACUCUCAGUUGAAAUUGGGAUUUCGGCUCGCAGCACAUAAGAUGCGACAUUAGAAAGGUCCCCACGAUCUCCGAGUUUCAAGUGAAAGUUAUCAGGUUUCAAUCAAUCGGAGGGGAAGACGAAGGAGGCUACGCUCAAUGCCUCUCUCCUCGAUUCUCAUCUCUGUCCCAACCUGACUGCUUUCCCCUCCUCCUCCCUCAACCGCCCGCGACCUCUUGCCCUCGGUCGCUGCUCCUCCGACCAGCCCGAACCUCAUCUCCAUAUCCCGGCGGCCCUCGCCGCUUCUGCCUCUCCUCAAGCCUUCCUUGAAAAUCCUUGGCAGAUUCGUUUGAUUCAGGUUCCUCUACUUUUUCUCCUCCCAACCCGUGACGCCACUUCCUCUACUGAUCUCCGACGGACGCUUCUAAGUCAUUUCAGUGCAGUUUGGGUUCUUGAGGAAUUCAUCAUGUUGCCACGAUGGAGCAGAGCAAUGAAUUGUUUAUCGAGGGUCAGGACAGUAAAGAGCGUGGAGAGCUGCAAAGAAUUUCCAGUGCUUUCGAAUCACAACUAUGCUGUUGCUGCCUCUGCAGCACCUACAGCCACAUAUUCCCCUGAUAAUGGUCUCCCCGGCAACGCUGCAGCAAAUUUGGGUAAAAUGUUUCAAUCUAAGCCCUGUUCCCUAGCUCUAGCCAGAGACUCUCCAUUGAGAAUAGAGGAGCCACAUUAUGAAGGCAUUCGACAUUUUCUUCUCAAGUUGAUGCUUUUUUACAGCAAGCAAAGCAAAUCUAUCAGAGGAGCAAAUGUCGUUUACCGGCGUAUCCUUUCACAAGUUGAUAAACCCCCAAUUUAUGAAGUAUUUAAUUUGGAGAAAACAUUUAAAAUGACGUUUUCUCUACUUGUACUUCAUAUGUGGCUUUGCUUGCGCCGCUUGAAACAAGAGGGAAAGGAAGGUGUCGAAUUUGGGCAAUACUUAUACGAGAUCUACAAUCAUGAUGUGGAGUUAAGAGUAUCUAAAGCCGGGGUUAACUUAUUGUUGACGAAGUGGAUGAAGGACUUGGAGAAGAUAUUCUAUGGAAAUAUUGUUGCUUAUGAAACUGCCAUGCUUCCAGAUGCUAAGCAAGAUGAACUAGUGAAUUCGAUAUGGAGGAACAUUUUUUCUGACGAUGGCUCACCCAUGCCAACUGAUCCUGCUGUACUAUCUGCAGUCCAGGCAAUGGCAAGGUAUGCUCGUCGGGAAUCAUUUUGCCUCUCCUUGACAGAUAAAGAGGCGAUGUUUUCAGGGAACUUCAUGUUCACCCGCUUGAAGAGUUCAACCGAUCCCAUGAAAGCGUAAGUGGUAAAAUGAUGUCUGAUUUGUGCAUCAUUGGAGUCAUAAAGAAGAGCGGGGACUGUUAUUCCACACGGCUUCCGAGAUGUCAUUUGACAUCAUCCAGCAGCUUACUCUUAUAGCUAUUUCAGCAUCGCUCAGUACACUUGGUUCUAAUAUUUCUUGGCCGUAUUGGAAAUAAAUCAUCGAUGGUGGAGCAGAGUUUAGAAACUUUGUGAAGAGGUUGAUGUUUUAUCCAUCUUUCAUCGACUAAUGUUCAUGGUCCAUCAGUGAAUGUGGAAAGAUACCAACAAGAGGAUGAGGCAACUUGUUGAAUGACAGAUAGUUUAUUAUUUUGCUUUUAAUUUGUUAUUUUGAGAAUAAUUGUUCAUGCAAUUUGUCAUUUAAUAAAGUAAUAUGUUAUUCUAAA